AUGAUGGUGUACGUGUCGAGUGUUCUCGUCGCGGUGGCAGUGGCAGUCAUAUUGGUGACUUGCCUCAAUGGGCACCGCAUCGUCGGUCGCAACCUUUGGCGGUUCAAUCGCGUAUGGGUGGGCCGCUCCCUCUUGUUCCUCCGGGGGCUUACGGCCGUGCUCAUGUUAAGUUCGACACAAGUGGCUCUGGAGGGGCACGCCCCCGUCAAUGCGCUUCAAUUCACCCCUCGAUCGACUCUAGCCACGAUGGUGGUGGCGGGGGAAGCGUCGUGGGUUGUGUAUGUGAUGGUGGGCGUGGUUCUCAUGCUCUGUAGCGCAGAUAUGAUCCAUGUUGCGUCGUUGAUGUCGAGCGCGUUGAUGACCAGUCCAGCGUAUGCCUUUACGAACAUGACCAUGCUGGACGUGAUGGCUCGUAAUAGAACGAUGCGGACGCCACUGUACGAAGCGUUCACACUGGCCAAGCGCCUGUUUGUAGCUGGGCUCGAGAUACUCCAGCGAGCGACAUCUCGUGGCGGGUCGUGUGGCCAAGCGCUGAUCAUGGAAUUUCAACGCAUGAAAGAUGCCGUUCUCAUUGCCGCCGCUACCGCCAAGCUGGAAAGGGCCACAAAUGAGGACAUUGCCCUUGAUUGUGCCAACGAAGCUACCCCCGGGCCCGCCAAGACACGUAUAUGGGCCAAAGCGUCGCGUUCAGGCAACGAUUCGUCACGACGAAGACACGUCCAGAGUAUAGAAAUGUUGGCCGACGCUGCCUUUGCGGACGUGGCACUGUUGCAGCCGUCGAUGAUCCAAUACGGCCGGCGCGACGACGGGGCGCCCUGGAGCUCUUUACCACGGCGCUAUUCGACCCGCAAGACCCGUCGUUUGACAUGUUUGAUUGGAUGGUGCUGA